GAUGAGUGUGAGGGCAGAGGAAAGAAGGUGUACCUCUACAAGUCUGGCUACCACACCAGGGUACGUCACAUCUGCGACGUAUCCAGUUGGUACAGCAUGCUGACGGAGGUCCUGUGCUGUGGACCAUGCCUCAAAGCAGCCAGGGGCGGCAAAGGUGGCAAAAUGGGUCGGUGCAUGGCGUGGGAUCAAUCCAUUUUAUCCCAACUUAGCGAGGCUCAUCAAGCUAUGUUCCCUGCCAUUCUCACCUCCAAGCGUGGCGUGGAUAGGAAUGUUGUGCGCCUUCUGAGGGACCGGACCGAAGGGAACACCAUGGUCAAGGUGUGGCGGCAGAUACAGGAGAAUCACACCGAGUUGUACUUUCAGCGCAAGGACCUGUACACCACACUCCUCAUGACUGUGGCUGAACCCGGAGGUAUUGUGUCUGCGCUCGGACACACGUUUCAGCCACCGCCUCCUCCGAGAGAGCUUCCGUCCGCGCGGCUCUUGCGCCACGCCUUCCUGCUGUCAGAGGCUGACAACGUGCAGGAUUAUCGGAGCCAGAUCCUCUCCACCUUUGGCACUGUGCUGAAAAUGGAUUCCACCAAGAAAGUGGUGAAGAAGCUGUCUGGGGAGGCUAAAGGCUCUGCUGAGUGGUUCACCAGUAUUGGAAACGAGCACUCCCAAAUAGUUUCAUUCGUGCUGACCUGUGAGGAGUCAACAGAGAAGCUGCAACCCAUGUGCCACGCGGUCGUGGAGAGGUUCCGGCUGGCAAAUCAGCCAGUCCCGAAAAUAUUGUACGUCGACCGUGGGUGUUGCUCUUCGCGCGUCCCGACAGCGGUGGAGUCUUUGUUCCAGCCGUGGGUGGACAGUGGGAUGGUUGUGCGUCUGGACAUAUUCCACUGGAUCCACCGCUUUGACGCAGCCAUACGAACAGAGUCACACUCCAAAUAUGCUGCGUUCAAGUCUGCUCUAGCUGGGGCAAAAAAUUCCUCAAAAACACCAAACUUUUUACCCCCUCCUUAA